AUGGAUUUAGUAGUGGUGAUUGAACCUCCUUCAAGCAUAAAGUUGUCUCUCCACACUGGGAAGCACCUGGACAUCACACUCCCAGCUGAUGAAGGAAGCUCACUGCACCUGUCGUGUGUUGUGAACGGAGGACGGCCGCGACCCCGCGUGUGGUGGACGCUGAAAAACGAGAGCCACGAGGUCAUCCUGGACGAGUCGUGGGAGCCGCUCAACAAGGAGCUGACCAAGAAUGACCUCAUGUUACCUCACUUGACCCACGACCUCCACCAGGACCGCCUCGUCUGCCACGCCAGCAACACCAAUAUUUCUCUGCCUCUCACCGCGUCGGUGACCUUGCUUCUCAACAGAGACGAAGAUAAGCAAGAUAAGCCGGUUAAUAGCGAACGUCCAUCACGGGAGCCGGAGUAA